ACUCCGAUUCCUUUUCUGUGAGCACUGCUGUAUUGCAGGAUUUCACCAUGAGUCCCAAGGGAAACGGAGUGCUACCAAACGUCCAUUUCCGCAAGGAAUGGCAAAACUAUGUCAGGACGUGGUUUGACCAACCAGCCCGCAAGAAGAGACGACACAACAACCGUGUCCAGAAGGCCCGCAAGAUCGCCCCUAGACCCAUCGCAGGACCUCUUCGACCCCAGGUUACUUGUCAGACAUUCAAGUACCACACCAAGUUGAGGGAGGGACGUGGCUUCACGCUUGAGGAGCUCAAGGCUGCUGGUAUCCACAAAAAGUAUGCCCCAACCAUCGGCAUCUCUGUUGACCACAGGAGGAAGAACAGGUCAGUCGAAGGGCUCCAGGCCAACGUCCAGCGCCUCAAGGAGUACAGAUCCAAGCUCAUCCUCUUCCCCAAGAAGCUGAGCAAACCCAAGAAGGGAGACAGUGAUGAGGCCGAGCUUAAGAUGGCCACUCAACUGGAGGGACCCGUCAUGCCAAUCAAGGUUGUCACCAAGCGCGAGAAGGCCCGUGCCAUCAGCGACGAAGAGAAGAAGCACAGCGUGUACCAGGCUCUGCGUAUGGCCCGCUCCAACAAGAAGCUCUUUGGACUCAGGGUAAAGCGAAAGGCGGAGAAGGAGGCCGAGGAAGCCCAGAACAAGCCCAAGGGCAAGAAGUAAACCCCCUCCCCCUCCUCAUCAUCACUGGUUACUUACACCAUUAACUCCAAACACAAUUGAACUCACACCAAAUAUACUUAGCCCUCGUGAAAUCCUGUUGUCGAGUGAGAUUCGAUCACAUUAUUCGACGUUCACACUGGAGAUGUGCCAAGAAGUGUACAUAACAAGAUUGCCUUAUUGAGACCUGCAGUUUUCAAUAAACAGAAGAUACACUGGCAAAAA